AUGGAUAGGAAAAAUGAAAAAGUUGUUGUGGCUAUGGGCACUCUAUUCCCAUCAAACAAUGAAGGGUCACCUUUGUUCCCUAAACCACAUUGUUUGGUCCAGCUUAUAGUAUCAUAUAAGCAAGAAACCACUGGUCUUGUAAUUGGUACCGCCGAAGACCACACUGGUGUAAUCGGAAGUGAAAAAGCUGUUGGAUUAUAUAACUUGCACGUAGUUGCAAGAGGAAUCCAGGACGGGAAUAAGGGAAGUAUUACCCGUUUCUGGAUACUAGCUAGAGAUCCUAUAGUUCUUACAAAUGACGGGUCCUUCAAAACGAGCCUUGUAUUCACUCUGCGAGAAAGCCCUAAAGAUGUGCAUAAAACCCUUUCAGUAUUUGCAACCAGUAAAACAUUUAAGCUCACAAAGGUUGUGAGCAGGCCUCAAAGAAAUAUACUACCGAAUGUGGCUGAUAGAUCCCCUGAAGGGUGCUUUGAUUAUCUCUUUUAUGUUGAUUUUGAAGUCAGGGAAGAGUCAGAUGUAGAGUAUGUUGUCACAAAACUUAAGGAUUUCGCUACAUCGGUUCGUAUACUUGGAUCAUAUCCAAUAAUAGAAGUGAACAAUGGUGCUCGAUGA